AAGUUUGAUGAAUUGUGGUCAUUUUAAUUACGUUGCUGUUUUAUUUUAUAUUGACGACGAUGCAUCGCGAUGUAAGAGUGAAAGUUUUUGGUUUUUAUUAGGUCCUUUGUGAAGUAGAAGUGCAGUGAAAAGUUUUAGUCAAAUGAAAAUUAAAAAAACGUGUGGAAAAAUCAUAGGUUGCUGUGAUUUGAAGAAAUUUUGGUUAACUAGACCAUUUCAAGCACUAGCUACCUAGUUCCUUUGAAUUGGGUUACUGUGGAAAUAAGAAGCUCCAAAUGAAAAUAGGUUACUGCGAUGACAAUGCAUAAAUCCAAUUUCUUUCCUACAAUUGAAAUCAUGUGCUGGUGUGAGAUCUCAUCAUCUUCUGCGAUUGUUCAAUAAGAGUUUGAAGCUGUUUAAUGAGACUGAAUUCCUUCAUUUCUCAAGGUGAUCCAAAUUGAAUCUGAUGUUGGCUGCAAAAGUUUUGAAUGGCUACCUAAAUGAAAACACAAUAUGAAAAAUUUUUUUUUUUCACUUGUUUUUCACUUUUUUUUCUAAUAUUUAGGUACUUACCUUUAUUUUAUCUGCUGAGCUUCCUUUUAAUACGAUUUGAUUUGUUUGAUUUUUUUCUCCGUCACCCGAGGGUGGGGCCUCCGUAAACGAGUAAAUUACAAACAUUUAAUGAUGAUUGUCCUUGGAUUAUAAGUUUGACGUCAAACAUUUGAAAUUAGUUUUGCAUGUUGCGUCGCAUCGAAAGUUCUUUGAAGAAAUAAAUUUCAAUUACACAACUAACAUUCAAUUCAAAUAAUUUCAAAGCUUUCUGACAUUCCUAAUUGACAUCUAAAAUAUAUUUUAUCGCAUUUAACAUUAAAUUGUUUGGAAACUUCAAUUUGAUUGAAAGUCAACAUGUUGACGUGAAAUUCUUCUUUAAAUCAAAUGAAUUGUUGAAUGUUUUGCUAGUUUGUAGUUUUCCUCUCUAAUUAAGGAAAAUUUAAUAAUAAGUUCAGCAAUGCAAGCUUAAAUUCUAUAAAUUAAUGUUAAAGUUCAUGUAUUAAUUCCUUAACAACAACAACAACUGGUGCGUGGUUACAUUCAAUCGAUAAAGCUUCAUUGAUAUGCUGUGAAGGGGAGAAGUAUAAAAAUUGAUGUAGUCAGAUAAACGAACAAUAAAAAUAGAAAUUUAAAUAUCUAUUCGAUAAACAACAA